AUUACGUCUUAUUUUCGUUUCGCGCUUCAUCCUUCUCUCUCGCUCUCGCCGCAGUAGGGAUGACCAUCGCAGAUCUGCCACGCCUCUUCUCCUACGUUCCUGGCCUAUACAAAAUCUCCGACGAGAUCCUCGUCAAUACCGUUGACAGAGAGAUCCCUCCAUGGCAGCCUCUACAUCCUACGUUCCGUCUACCGUGCAAAGCUCACCAACAUCUUCUCCACCGAGUUCAUCGCCAAAAUCGCCGACGGAAAGCGCAAGAAGAAGUAUAAACAGUUCCCUCCCACACGCCACCGCUCCCUUCCAUCUCAGGGCUUUCUCCACGACCGUCACCGAUAAGCCCUCCGUUUGCACAGCCGACGAACUCCACUAUGUCUCCCUCUCAAAUUCCGAUUGGAAACUCGCUCUCUGGAACUAUAACCCUUCACUUCUUGCACCUCUAAGGAAUCAUCCUCUGUUGCUCUUAUCGGCGUGGGAACUAACGCCAUUGGAUAUGACCUUUCACCUGAGGUAAUUUAACUUUUUUUUCUUUUGUGUUUUCUCGAUCCCUCUUUUGUUAUUCUUGUUCUUCUUUCCUUUUGGCACUCUCUUAGUUUGUGAUUAUAUAUUUUCUUGGUAGGAUCAUUGCCAAUCUAAUUUUGUAAAAGUUUAUACUGGAAAUUGAGGAUCAUGCUAAUGAGUGUCCUGAAUGGGAGUGCAUUAGUAGAAUCCAAUACUACAAUUGAUCAUAAAACCUUUUGUGCUUUUAA